AAGUUAUGAUGGGGGUACCAAACGUUUAUCUAAUAACUUGCAACCGAAUUUGUAUGAACAUUUGUUAGGAGAGGUGGUCGUUGUAGGCUCGACUAGUCACGACUAGCUAACGCGGAUGUGCGUGCACACGCACCUUGGACCACUCUAUUAAAUAGUACCGGGAAAUACCAGGUUUUCAGAAACCACAUCAUUAAACCCAUCCCUUCCUGGUCCACAACAGAAAGCAACCCCUAUGACGUCCAGAGAAAAUGCUGGCAUUAAAAUAAACCUAAUGAUUGAUUCAAUUUCUAAUGCAUCUGUUGAUAUCAUUGUUAACAGCAGCAAUAAACAGCUCCAGCUUAAUGAUGGUUCUAUCUCCAAAUCUAUUCUCAAUGCUGCUGGUCCUGAGAUACAAAACGAAUGUAAUCAGAAAUAUCCUCAAGGUAUUUCUAUGUCUGAAAUAGCCAUCACUAAAGGAUAUAACCUCAAAUGUGACAAUGUAUUUCAUCUGGCAUUACCUCCCUGGGAUGAAAAUUCUUCUCAUUUAAUUCUGGCAAACUUGACUCAAAUAAUAACCAUUUGUCUAUACACUGCGGGGAGAAUGGGAGCAAAAAGCCUUGCAUUUUCUAUAUUAGGAGCUGGGGUACUAAGGUACCCCAUUGAAGAAUUACCUGGAAUUAUGUAUGAAGCCGUGAAAAACUACUCAAAUCAAAAUUCAAGCCAGAUCAAAGAUGUUUACUUUGUGGUUUAUCCUCAAGACACAGAAAUUCUGAAGAAAUUUAAAGAAUAUUUCCAAGAAAUUUUAACAGAUGGUUCAACUGCAUCAUCAGAAUUGGUCCCUGAUACAUGGUCACCAAUGGGAGACGAGGAAUUAUUUAAAAUUGUUCCAGUCACAAAUGGACCAGAAUAUGACGACAUCCAGGCCACUUUCCGUCAGAAUUUGCCUUCCUAUCAUAUAAUCAAAAUUGAGAGAAUUCAAAAUAAAACAUUGUACCAGGGAUACCAAGCAUUGAAAAGAAAGUUUGAGGUAGAAAAUCCAAAGAUUACAAAUGAAGUUGAUGGCCUUUGGCAUGGUACUGCUGAAGGAGCUGUUAAGGGAAUAAAUAAAUCAGGAUUCAACCGUAGCUAUUGUGGUAAAAAUGCCACAGCAUUUGGUGAAGGUGUUUAUUUUGCCAGAGACAUCCGAUAUUCUGCAAGUGAUACCUAUUCUACUCCUGACCAUCACGGAACAAAGAGAAUAUACCAUUGCAGUGUUCUUGUGGGAAGAGUGAUGCAAGGACAACAUGGAUUAAAAGUUUUACAGGAAUCUUACAAUUCUGCUGUUGAUAAUAUUCAAAGACCCAGUAUUUGUGUUAUUUUCCAUGACUUUCAGGCAUAUCCUAAUUAUUUGAUUACAUUCUCUAAUCAGUGAAUAUAAUUGGAAUUCAUAAAACACAUAUAAUGUGAACAGGAAUAUAUUUAACAGAAGAAAGACAAAG